AUUAGAAAAUAGUGCGCGCAACUUGUAAAUUUUGCAGAAGUUCGGCACUUGCGCAACAUUUAAUAAUAAAGAGAGCAAAGGCCGCAAAAGCAGCAGAGCAGCCAAAAUGGCAGCAAAUGCUUAUUAUCUCGCAUCCGUAUCUUCAUUCGUUGUCGUCGUUGUCGCUGUCGCCAAAAUGUUCGUAAUCGACUUUGCAAUCUUCAUCUCCUAAGCGCGAGCACGCGGACGCUCGGCCAGCGUACCUGUCUAAAUACAUAAAUUAGAACUAAAUACGUACAUAUAUGUAUAUUGAUUGCAAGCAGCAACAACAAUAUCAAUCAGUGCUGAAGAUUUAUACUUACGUGUGCUAGUGUGUGUUUCCGUUUCACACGGAGGCUGGCUGGUCCGCCAAACAGCCCCAAGCGGCGUCUCUUAACAUGUCCGAGAAGCAUGGGCAGCUUGGUGCGCAGUGGUCCAAAACAGCGGCGGCAACAACAACGACGCCACAGAAACAACAGCAGCAUUCGCAUCCAGUUUUUGAAUCAGGGACAGGAGCAGGAGGAAGCACACAUAGUUAUGGGAAUUGCAGCAUUCCGGGCUUACAUGUGCAGGCCGCGCCGCCCACUGACAUACCCUAUACAUCCGGGCGCUUCCAGGCGCCACCCAUUCACGCCACAGCGCCACUGACCAUUGCCCCAGUCGGCAUUGGCGUUCUCCAUGCGCCACCUCAGGUUUCACCCACGCCUACAAAUGUACCUGUACCUGUUCCCAGCGGCUUUGUGCCGCCUACAUUUGCCAAUUCAGUUGCAAAUGCUCCUCCAGCCCCAAUGGCAGUCACGACAUCUGUGCUGACCCCCAAUCCCUUUGCAACAGCCGCUGGCAAUGCUGGUCUGGCUUUUGCCAACGCUAUUGGUCUAAACUCGGCGCAGCACUUGGAGCUGAGCAAGCUAAUGAGUGCAAUGUCCGCGACAGCAACAUCUGGUCCAUCGACAAGUGGUCAGCAAUUGGUGGGUGCUGUCCAGGCACAGACAGCCCAAAGACAUCACAGUGAGAAUACGGGCUCUGUGGUCACUACCGUUCCCGCUGCUAGUGGCGUUAUAAAUUCCACUAUAGCGGAGAAUGUCAUGAAUGCGCUGACCAGUGGGUCAGCCCCUUCAUCGGCUGGAUCGACUCAUCUACCCAUUCGGAUAGUAGACGAGGAAAAGAUGCGACGUGUGCAGGAAGUCAUCGAAGCCAGCUUAGACGACAAUGCCCGACUGCAAAUAUCGCAGAUUAUAGAGCGGGUUUCCACACUGAAACCCAUUGAAAAGCUCUUCCUCUAUUUGCGUUUGCCCGGUGAGAGCGCUGAUACAGAUCCCUUGCGUCAGCCUCAAAACCCGCUGGGAACACGCUCUGAGAUUAAUCACACCAUCAAUUGGGUGCGCUCCCAUUUGGAGCACGAUCCUCAAGUCUCCAUACCAAAGCAGGAUGUCUACAACGAUUACAUCGCCUAUUGCGAACGUCUGAGCAUCAAACCGUUAUCCACCGCUGACUUUGGCAAGGUUAUGAAGCAGGUAUUCCCAGGAGUUCGACCACGUCGUUUGGGUACGCGAGGCAAUUCACGUUAUUGCUAUGCAGCCAUGAGAAAGACCACAAAGCUAACGCCGCCGCAGCUACCAGAGCUACGAAUGGAUACAUCGCCGAAUGAAGAAAACACUCCGGCCAGUGUUGAGUUUAUGCGCUCUCUGAAUAGCACUGAUGCGGGUGAGGACAGGGAAAGCGACUCCUGGCUUGUGGUCCGCAAUUGGGCUGAGAAGCUGCUCAACACAAAACUGGAUAACAUCAAGGAGUUGGCUACACGUAUUAAGUCGAACACGGCCACUGUGGCAGGCGUGGCGCACAACAGCGCCAAUCCACAUCCACAAGGACGCAGUGGGCCGACAGCCAAAAAAUAUCAGCCCAGGGAACCAAAGGAAAAACGCCUGCUGGCGGACAUGGGACCAUUGAAGAAGCGACGGAAGAAGAAACGCAAGGGCUCCUCCUCAUCAGAGUCAAGUUGUAAUCAACUGCAGUCGCAGGACGCGGGCAGCAGUCAGGAGGCGAGCGCCUAUAAAACAACGGUUGCCUCUACAGUCCCCGCUGGCGUGGAUGAGGAGCAGAAUUUGCUGAAAUUGGUGACGAUCAAGCAGGAAAUUAUGGAUUCUCCCAUACAGCAGCAAUCGGCGAUCAGUCUAAAUGCUGCGCCAGUGCCACUUCAGGGGUUGCGCUGCGAGGGCUACAUGGCAGCCCAGAAGCAACAAUAUCAGCAGCAACAACAAAUGCUGCCCAUGAAUCUGGCGAAGCUGCCGCCACAGAAUAUGGCACGCGGUGCUGCGCGCAAUCUAACACCCAAGAUCAUGGAAUUGACGACGAGUCCCAGCGGCACACUGGCUUUGGAGCAGCUGCAGAGCCCAGCGGAGCAGUCACAAGCCUCGCCCACAGCGGUUGUCAUCAAGGACGAGGUCGAGGAUUACAAUACAUCGAACAUUUUCUGCAAGAAAGUGCUCAAAGCACAGCAGACCAAAGGCUUUUGGGUGAAUUCGCCGAGCGGCGGUGCAAGUGGACCCUCAGCUGGCAGUGGAAACAACAGCGGCAACUUGUUGGUGCCACCAGUGAUAACAACAACGGCCGCGACACCACCGCCGGCAGCGGUAACACCCUCCCAAUUGGUGGUGACCCCGAAUGCCACGACCCUCGCACCCAUCUCCAUGGGGCCACCUACACAAAUGAGCAACAGCAGCAACAAUAACAACAACACGAGCUCUGUAAGUCCAUCGAGCAGCUUGGAAGCCGCACCCAAAGUGGCAUCUCGCAACAUGAUGUUGCUGCGGGCAAAGCGUCUGAUGGCUGCCGAGACGGCCGCCGCCACUGAGGAUGCUUGUCUGCCCGAAAACCUCGGACUGCCACGGGAGCGUGUGAUCAGCAUUUGCAACAUGGAUAAGCAUGAAUUGGACGAUUACUUUUUGCCGGACGAGGAGGAAAAUUCGGAGGAGCCAGAUAAUGAGCUGCUUCAAUAUUUUCAGAUGGGAGACGCUGAGGAAAUACAAAUGAAUUCCUUGGAUGCUGCAGAACAGAACAGAAAUCCACAACAGAUAGCAGCUGCAUCAACAACAACUGCGGCAGCAGCUAUGCAAUUGGCCAAUGUUGCUGCAACAACGAGAACAUCAGCAGCAGCAGCAGCAGCAGCAACAACAAUGCCACAGCAGCAACAGUUGCUACAACAACAGCUGGCGAUGGCCGCGCGACGCAUGCAACUGAGCACGACGCCGGUGUUGCACUCAAAUAGUACAACAACAGCAACAAAAACAACAGCAAGUGGUACAGCAACAACAAAAGCAACAACAGCAGCAACAACUGCUAUAAAUGUUGUGGUUUCUGCCUCAGCGUCUCUGGCUUUAAUGUCACGAAAGCAUCAACAAGAACAACAACAACAACAACAGCAGCAGCAGCAGCAACAACAAACACAAUUAAGGCAAAAGCUAUUGCCAACAACAACAACAGUAACAACGCGCACGAAUAACAACAACAAUAAGCGCAAAAUAAGUCUGAGCAAUGCCGCCAGCAAUGUGAACAAUAAAAAUUGCAUAUUUCUGCCCAUAUCGCCGAAUAUUAAAAACAACAGCAGCAACAAUGGCAGCAGCAACAACAACGGCUUAGCGGCUAACAACAACAGCGAUUGCUUUGCCAGUCCCGGCAUCUCACGAAUGCGUCAACGCAGCAGUCUGCUAACCAAGCAGCAAUCUUUAGAUUUCGACAGCGGCACCGAACUGGGCGACGGUCAGGGCGAUCCAAUGAUUGGUGCCAAUCAUAAGCGACGCAAUUAUGUCUAUAGCUAUCCCAUAAGUACUUCUGCCUCUGCACCGCCCAGUCCCUCGGUUCUGCAGCAGUGCAUGGGCGCUAAUUGGUCAUUCAGUCGAGGAACCAAUAACGGCAGCAGUAAUAACAGCACCAACAGCAACAACAACAACUUGAGUUUUGCUGACAGUAAUGUGGCUUUGCUGGCCGAUCAAAAUUCCAUGGAUUUGGAGACGAGCUUAGCACUAACCGGUGGCGACAUGGACUUCCAAUUAACGCCCUUAAAUGAGACGCAGCGCUCACAAUCGGUGCCCUUGUCGCAGCUGCAACGCAUACAAUCGCCAACCUUUCAGCGACAGCUACUUAAUGCCAGCUAUAACAACAACAACAAUAAUAGUAGCAGCAGUAACAACAACAACAAUAAUAAUAACAACAACAAUAGUAGUGCACUGCUUAACGAAGCACUCUUUUCGGAAAAUAGCAAUAGCCAGCAAUCGGUGGUCUCUACUCUCAAGUUAAACGAUGUGUCGGCGAGUCUGGCCUAUGAGGUGGACAUAAGUGCGCUCAUAUCACCCAAUUUUGAUAACAAAUUCUCGAGCAUAGCGCAACAUCAGCAACAACAACAGCUAACUGCCAACACUUGCAGUUCCUCAGCAGGUUCUUCGUCGGGUUAUAGCAGCGGUGGUGGUGGCGGUGGCGGCAAUGGCUUCGGUUUGGGAAUUGUUUCACGCUCUGUACCCUCAACACCACUGCCCCAUCAUCAGCACAGCUGCUUUAUAACUAAUGGAGGAGGCGGCGGCAGUAGCAUAACAGCCGAUCAAAGUUUCUUCAAUCGACGCACUGAGGAUUUUACUUUAACUAACGAUUUCAGCUGGAGUUCAGCGAAUAGUGGCAUUAGCUACAACACCAACAACAACAACAGCAGCAGCAAUCAACAGUACGGCACACGCACCGCAUUGGAUAUAUCGAAGAGUAUGCCGACUACUCCCAUAACCACACCUUGUUUCCGCUACAGUCCAACAGAGCUGCCGCGCGAUUUUCUCUUCAAUGGCAACACCAUUGAUAGCUUACCCUCUUCAGCGCUGGGCGGCGAUAGUCUGGGUGGAGUCGGAGCUUUCAGCGCCGACACCCUUAUCGAUGAUAGUACGCCGAGCAGCAGCGAUGUGGUUCAGGCCAUGAUCGGCACUCCCGAUAUACUCGACAACUUGUAGAAUUUGCAGGAAGAGAAGGCUGCGGUGGCAGCAACUGAGAAACAUCAGCAACAGCAGCAACAGGUGGACGCAGUAUCCGAGGAGGAGCAGGAGGUGGAACAGGCGUCCAUGGCCUGCCUGCUGGAGCAUGUGAACAAUUUGUAAGGACAAUGUGUCGGUCUGUAUGCAUGUCUGUUUGAUUAUUUAUUUUGAUUUAUCCGUGUGAAUGAAUUCAACGCGAUUCAAAGCUCUGAAAAUUUCCAAGCAAUUUUCUAGUGUUUUAAAAAACAGUUCAAGUCAUAUAUGAUUAGCACGAUUAGAUAUGAUUAGGUUUCUUCAAAUAUUACAGUACCCAGAGGGUAUAAAAAUAUGCAAGAAGGCAAAACCUAUCUAUAAUCUAUACACAUUUUACAAAUUUGAGAUAUGAUAGGGUUUCAGAAAAUAUUAACCAAUAAUUUAACAAAUUUGAAUAAUAAAUGAUAUACGAUUAGGUUUCUCUAGAUCUUUGAAUAAAACAAAAGCAGUUGUUUUCAAAGGAUAUUACCGAUUGCUAAAAUACUCGUAUAUGAGUUCUGUUGUUCCCUAACUAUUGCCAAGGCGGAGAAAAUAAUGUUCUAUUAAACACCAAUUUGACGAUUUUCAAUCACAUAACAGAUAAGAUUAGGUUUCUUAAUAUAAUACACUACCCAGAGGUUAUAUACAUAGAUAUGCAACGAAAAAAGACUUAUCUUCUCUAAACCCCUGUGUUGCAGACAAUCGGCUGCCAAUAUUCAUUUUAAAAAUUUUUCCGAAUUCGAACAUAAAUUUUUCAAAAUAGAUUUUAUAACAAAUUAGCAUUAAAUCCAUGGAAAUGAAUUUGAAAAACCUACAGAUUUUGUGAAAAUCGUUCAGUCUAGCCAAAUCGAUUUCGGAAACGAGAAUCUUAGUUUAUAUGAAGUGCAAUCGUUAUGUUGUAAGGCUAAACUAAAUAUUUAGAGUUCUUGACUUCUUAUAUAGCAAAACUUGUUGCUAUAAUAAUGUUGUUUACAAAUUGACUUUACAGAAUUGCCUGAAAUAUUCGAGCUAUUUAUUUAAUUUGUUUACAUUCACAAGUGUAAUUCAUAAAAAAAAAAACAGCAGACAUGCCGGAGACAGCACUGUGUUUCCUGCCAACCAUAACAAAGAGCCUUCUCUUCGCAAUUCUACACACCUGUACUCUACAUAUAUGUAUGUAACUCGAUCUAAAAACGAAAAUCUUUCUUUAUACUACUUAAUUCGUAACUCUCUAAUUGCGCUCCAAUUGGUUUCAAAGAAAUGGAAAUGGCCUACAAAACAAAUUUUUGCUUGUAAUUGAAACCACCACCUACCCUCAGGCCCUUGUUAUAAAUACUAUAUAUACUAUACAAGUAUGUAGUAUAUUUGUACAAUAAUGUAUGCAGAUGACUGCAUAUUGUUGAAAAAGAGAACCUAGAAAUAUUCUGUAGUUGCGUAGUUUUUACUGUUGAAACGUGUCCGUAACUCUUUCGUUGGCCGAACUGCAAAAUGUUUUUGUUUUAGUUUUAAAUGGGUAAAGAAAACAAAUAAUAAAUAUUAUAAAUAAUAAUGUAAUGUACGAGUAGUUACGAAAACAACCUUACAAAUGAAACGAACUUAAAGUCUGAAUGAUGUAAACAAACGUGCAGCGGUUUUAAAAACAUAACAAACGAAACAAAUCUACAAAUUGUAAUUGUAAUUAUAAUUGUUAACAAACCAGUGUAAUAUUUGUAAGAAUUUCGGGCGCGGACUAAGCUGCUUGUUAAUGCCCUGGGCAGGAAUGAUUCGAUGAUCGUAGCCCUAACUUAGUUCUGGAACGAUUUUUGCUGACAGUAACAAAUGUACAACAAUUGUUUGGGGCAUGUAUCUAUAUAUCUGUAUAUGUAGUUUUAGUAGAAAUUCAACAAUAUUAACAAACUGUGCGUGUUUGCAUUCUAAGUGGUAUGUAUAUGUAUGUAUCCAUAAAGUCUAGUAGGUAUGGCCUUUGGGAUUAUUCCCAAUCAAUUGCAAAUUGAUUUUCUAUUGAAACCACACAAGAAAGUUUUUCAUUUUAUAAACAAUCUGCUUCUACUGAAUUGUUACACUUCUUCUAUUUUUUACUUCUUAGCUAUAACUUUUAAUGAUCUUUUCCAAUUUAGCUGUAAGUGUUUGUUUGUUAUAAAUAUGUGUUUUUCGGCUCUAGUGCUGUUGGUGUAGUAGUGGAAUACUGGAUAAUAGUCUAGUAAUUAUCCACACACACACACAUGUUCGCCUUUAGUUUUAAAUGUUUUGGAUUUUAAGAGAAAAUCUACAAGUUUUCAUUUAAUUUCAAAUUUCGAUUAUUUUACUUACAAUUACAAUUUUGGCUGGUCAGGCAGGUAAAUAAUUUGAGCACAAACUUUAUGAAAGUAUAGAUUUCUUUUAUAGAAACUUGGCAGUCUGACUGUAUCGUCAAGGUUGGUCAGACAGGAAAACUUGUCAAAUUCCCAAACAAUAUGAAAUCUUGACAUUUAUAAAAAUUUGUGCACAAAUUAUGCAUGUCUGACCUUUGCGCAAAGAUUUGGUCAUACGGGCAAAUAAUUUGCAGGCAAACUAGUCUAACAUAAAGUUUUCACCAAUAAAAACACCUCUUUGGCAUUAACACAAAUCUGCAUGCAAACUAUUUGUAUGUCUGACCACAGCUCAAGUUUUGAAAAACCUGCCCAGUUGCCGGCUUCAAUAUCUAUAAAUCUAUUUGGAACAAAGUGUUUAGCCUUAAAAAUUACAAUUUAAAUUCAAUGUUAAUUUGUUUGUGAAACAAAGUAAAAUAAAAUUAUUCAAAGCACACUCUUUCUUCACUCUUCCCUUCCCAAGCAGCUUUAAUUUUGAUGUCCAACAACAAUAAAUGUUUUUAAAUGUAAGCUUAAAAACGAAUUCAAAGAAAAUCAUAAUAAAAAUGUGCCUCAGGCUUAAUUGUAAAACAAAACAAAAAACAAACAUAUACAACAAAUAAGAGUAAUAAAAGUGAGAAAAAAAUGAAGAGAGGAGGAAAGUUUGCUAUUUAUACAACAUAUGUAAUUAUACAACCAACAGGCAUAACAAAUACUAUACAUAAUUAAAUAGUUUAAUAGCGCGUUAUACGAUUAAAUAUACACACUUUUUACAAUGGCAAGGCGUAGGAAACGAACGAAUUCAAUUUUAUGAACUGUCUUAAGUAUUGAGAGCCUUAAUGUAUUUGUUUUAAAUCGAAGCAUAUAUAGUCAUAAAAUUAAACACUCUUAAAUGCAAAGCAACAUCAAACACAGCUAUGAAUGUGUGUAAUUUAAUAUAUGUAUGUAUAUAUAUAUGAGUGUGAGCCCACAAACUGCAUUGCACGCCCAAUGCCAGUCCAAUCCAAUCCAAUCGAUCCAAACGCUGCUGCUUUAGAAACCAUACACAACAACAAGAAGAACAAGAAACCCAAUAAAUAAAUCUUAAAUAGUCAAAUUACAAACAUAAAUAAGUACAUACUUCAUACAUACAUACAUCGAGUACAUACAUACGUAUACUGAACCGGGAACACUUGGAUAUAUAAUUAGCGAAAGCUUUGGAUACAGCUUAGAGAUUAACGAACCAAACUGUACUUUUUGAUAAGAUAUUUGAAUGGCAUAAACGUACAUACCUACAUACUAAAUAAAAUACAAUAAAAUAACAACAACAACAAUAGAUUAACUUCAACGAAAACAUACAACAAAUAAUUUAAAAUAAAAUGAAAACUUAAAAGAAAA